AUGCAUUUUUCAAUCCAGCUCUCCUGUCCGCGGUUUGCUGAUCGGUUUCUUCUAGUCGCUCGUCCUCCCGGAAUCUACAUGCUUGCACUGCCUACCACCGAGACUGUUGACUCGUCCCUCGGCUUCAACGGGGUCUCGAAUCAGGCAGCGCUUGUGCCGGUGGCAACCAGUGGUUCUCUGCUUACUCCAACACAACAUGGCCAUCUCGGCAGCACUGCUAGCGGUCCUGUUGUCACCACAAACGCAAUGGUAGCUGGGCCUGUAAGGGUCGACUUUGACCCGAUUCAAUCCGUUGUGUAUUGGACAGACUCUGCUAUCCAUCGAGUUCCCUUGGAAGGAGGAGAUGUAGAGACAGUCGUUCAGGCCACAUCAUCCGACGGUACCACGCCUCAUUUACCCCAGAUACCCAAUGGCUUGGCCGUCGAUUGGCUGGCGGGCCAGCUUUAUUGGUGUAGUGCAGAUGGCCGCCAAUUGUGGACCUCCAAAUUGGAUGGAUCAUCGGCUCGGCUUCUACGUUGGUUAGAUCCUUCAUUUAUUCCAGUUUCGCUGACCGGGUGGUUUGGUCGCAUACCA